AUGUUUCAUUCAUAUUUAUUUAAUACCAAUAGAAAUCCAAUGCAGGAGUAUAAACCUGGCCAAACUAUUAAAAAUUACUAAAAGAACUAAUUACCUCAACUUUCUAAAUAUAUCGAAAGUGAAAUAAUGAAAAGAAGUUUUGAAAAAGAACAAGAAAGAAGAAAAUCACUAUAGUAAUAAUCUAAUCAGAUAGAAAAAGAAAUUUAAAAUAAAUUAUUUCUCAAAGAACGAGUCAACCAAAAAGAAAGAGAUCUAUUUGUUGGAUAAAGACAUUCUGUAAUUGUAAAUGCUGCAAAAAUAAAACCUCAGAAAAACUUCAAUGAACUAAAUUAUCAGUUUAACUAAUUCUCAACUGUGAACUAGAAACAAAUAAAUAGUACAUUUAAAGAUGAAGCCAGUAAUCGAGAAAGGUCAAUAACCUUCAACAUUAAAAAUCAAAGAUAUCAGCACUUUAAUUUAUUAGAAGAAGAAAUCCCUGUUACAUCAAAAAAUAAAAUGAUUGAUUGCAAUUAGGUCUUAGAUUUUAGAAUAUCUGUUGAUUCAAAAAAUACUUAUUCUCAUAUGGGAAGCAGAUAAGGUAGAUAAAUUCCUAACUAUAUUAAUUUCUUUUAAAGCAGAUUCGACAAACCUUAUCAAUUAGCUAAGGAAGAGUAUGAAAAGAAAAUAUAAUAGCCUUAAAAUAUAUUUAAAUAGUGGGGCUUAAUAUGUAUAUUUAUAUUUAGAUUAAUUAAACGUUUGAGAUAAAAAAAAGUUAAAUUUAUACAAAAUAUAAAGGAUUUAAGAGCAAGAGUGGAUGCCUUAAAUUAAGAAAAAAUUGAAGAAAUAAAAAUUGAAUGGUUUGAAAAAUUAAUGCAAAAUUUAUUACAAACUAUUUAAUCGAGUAGUUUUAGUUAACACUUUAAAUAAACUUAAAACCCAAAUGAUAAGAAAUUUAUAUUGAAGCGCAAACAAUGGAUAAUGAAUUUUUCGUAAUUAUUUUUUCAGAAUCUAUUUGAGAUGACAAAAGCACUUAAUUUCAACAAAGAAAUUUUAUUAUUAGCCUAAUACCAUAUCUUAUAAAUCAAUAAAAAGGGUAGCUUAUUUGUGGCCAAAAGAAUAAGGACAAAAUAAAUUAAAAAUGAAUAAAUACUUGUUAUUUGUGAUUACAUAUUCUUUUCAUUUAUAAUUGAGAAAAUAAUAUAAUAGUCCAAUUAGAUAGUAUGCAUAAAUGAUCAUCAUCUAGCUGAAUCGAAAUUUUAGCUUGUAUCUAUUUGCAGUUUGAUAUAAAUUCUCUUUAUGAAUCACUUUAAGGAAAUGCAAAGGUAUUAACCAAAUAUAUCCAAAAUUAUUUAGAAAAAAUUAAAUGUAAGUAAAAAUAAAUAUUAAGAUCUAAAUAUUACAGAGGAUGAAGUUAUUGAAUAAAAUGAGAAUAUUAUUUAAGGUUUGAAUAAUUUCGAAUUUUAUGAAAACUUAAUAAAAUAAAAUUAGAAGUGGUAUUAAGAUAUUUCAACUUUAUUCGGAAAUUGUGUAACCAAUUUAGCAUCUUAAAAUAAUAUUUGA